GGGUUGACUGUUGAGAACAGAAUCAGCACAGAGGAAAGCACGUUGAUUUCUCCUUGUACACGACCAUCACUGCUUUAUUUAUAAUCUCUCUUUCAUCUGUGACCAUUGCGAAAUAGGUCUUCUGCCAUCAUUUCUUAAGGUCUUCCAUAAGGAAACCAAGCUUAGCUUUAAAAGAAAUGGCAGAAAACAUGGAAACCAAGCUUUCAUAUGCAAUUUCCAAAAAUGAGAGGGUUGCUUUGAAAAGUUCAGUUCAAGAGCAUAAAUCACACCUGGCUUCAAGAAUGGGACACACUGAACUGGCCAGGAAGAUUAUUGAAUGUCCUGACUUGGCUGUAGCUGAGAAAGAAAGGAUCGAGCCAAAAAAGUUAAUGUUAAAAGAAAACGAAAUUAUUGUGAGGGAAUUACUCGAAGGCUGGCCACAAUUUGCUUGGAAGGUCGACAAGGAUGGUUGUGUACCAUUGCAUUAUGCUUCUGAAAGAGGUCUCUUGGAGAUUACAAGAUUGCUUCUAAAGGUGGAUCCAAGGUGUGCUAACAAGUUUAAUAAGAAUGGUUACACGCCAUUGCACUUCGCAGCCAUGAACGGUGAGGUUCCUAUCCUCCUUGAAUUUAUGACAUGGGCUCAAAAAUCCUUCAUGCUGCUUACCAAAAAGGCAGAGACAGCAAUGCAUCUUGCUGCUAAAUUUGGUAAAUGCAAUGCUUUUGUCAGCAUGGCAGAAACUUUAAGCAGCACCCAUCUUUUCAACUUACCCGAUCAAUAUGGCAACACAGUCUUACAUGUAGCUGUCUCUGCAAGCUGCUAUCAAUUAGCAGAAUACAUACUCGGUAAGAUCGCUGUUGAUGUUAAGCACAGAAACCGUCAAGGACAUACAGCACUCGACCUUCUAAACCACGCAAGAGUCACUAAUGGAACCAAUCAUAUUAGAGUUAUGUUGUUGAAAUAUGGCUGUCCAGAGAGUCCAGAUAGCUCUAAAAUAUCACAAUUUUCGUCUGAGGUUUCGACUUCGACUUCCCAGAAUAUUUCGCUUCGAUUCAGAGAUGCAUCUGAGCAAAAAAGGAACAAACAGCAUAUGGCCAAUGAGCAAAAAAGGAACAAACAGCAUAUGGCCAAUGAGCAAAAAAGGAACAACCAGCAUAUGGCCAAUGAGCAAAAAAGGAACAACCAGCAUAUGGCCAAUGAUGAAACCACCACUGAAACCGAUGAUUUCUCUCAAUCUGAAGAAAUCCAUUAUGAUAAUAAAUAUAAACAAGGGUCCUCAUCAGCAAGAAGAGAAUUGCAUCAUCAACACAAGCAUCCAAGCAAGAGACACAAUCGGCGCAAUAAACAAUACGAUACGCAUAAGGAAGCACUGCAAAAUGCUCGAAACACAAUCAUACUAGUAGCGAUUUUGAUUGCCACAGUUACUUUUACUGUUGGUUUGAAUCCACCUGGGGGCGUCUAUCAGGACGGAAAACUAAAAGGCCAGUCAACAGUUGGUAGAAAUUUGGCUUUUAAGAUCUUCGCAAUAAGUAACACCAUUGCAUUGUUCACAUCACUUUGCCUUGUAAUUGUUCUAGUGAGCAUCAUCCCCUUUGAGAGAAGGAAAUUAAUGAAGCUAAUGGUGAUCGCUCACAAAGUCAUGUGCGUGGCUGUGUCUUUCAUGACAACAGCUUUUGUUGCAGCCACAUGGGUGAUCUUGCCAAAUGAUUACAAAACAAGAUGGAUGCUUGAGACUGUAUUGGCUAUUGCUGCAGGGAGCAUGGCGACUGUGUUUGUCUAUCUGGUGGUUAAGUUAGCUAGGCACUGGUUGAGGAAGCUGAAAUAUAAGAAACAGAGACGCAAUAAAAGCAGGAUUGUUGCCGUCAACAGGGAAUUAAAAUCACAACCUUCUAAAACCUUAAUGACAAAACAAAUCCAGCCUGAUACAGGUCAAUUUCACGAUCUAUCAGACUCAUCCAACUCUGAUGUUGAAAGUGCAAAAUCCUUGGGCUAUCAUACCUACUAAUGGUGAACUCUGCUUGUUCCUGAUCUGCCAAUAUUUCCAGAAAGAAAUUUUCAUUUUUUUCCCUGUUCUUUCCGUCAAUUUUCAAGGAAGUUUAAUAAACUGUCAACAAAAUGUACCAUGCUGACAAGCUCAAAACAUAUUUUUGGAUGUACAUUUCCAAAUUUCAGAAGCAGUCACUUUCAAAACAUAAUGCACGUAAAACACAAAAUCAUGUUACUUCAA